AUGUCCAAUUUCACCUUAAGAAAAACAUCUCCCACAGGAAACGAUAUGAGGACCACCACGCAGGGGACCACACUGAGGCAACAGGGUUUCCAAGAGGUCAACAAAAGAAGGACUUUCUUACAGGAUAAUAGCUGGAUAAAGAAACGCCCUGAAGAAGAAAGAGAUGAAAAUUACGGUAGGGCGGUGCUCCACAGACAUAAUUCCCAUGAUGCCUUGGACAGGAAAGCAAAUGAGAGGGAAGAGCCAAAAGCCACAAUCAGUCGGUACAGAUCUGAUGACACUUUGGACAGGAUUGCAAACAGAAAUGAUGCUGCUAAAAUAUAUAAGGCCAAUACCCUGGAUAACCAACUAACCAAUAGAAAUGUGUCCAUGUUUCAACCACCAGAAGUGACAAAGACGCAACCUGGAGGCUUGUCCAGUGCAAACGCCACCAACACCCCAGCUUCCACCUCCACUACCACUCCUGUGAAGAAAAAGAGACAAUCCUGGUUUCCACCACCCCCUCCAGGUUACACCACCCCAAACACAGGAGCAAGCAGAAGGGAACCAACUGUUCAUCCUCCAAUACCUCCAAAGCCCAGUUCUGCCGUUUUAUCUCCUAACCAGCUGAAGCAGGAUAAUAGGCAAAUAUAUCCAGCUAAACCAAGUGUAUAUACAGAAGCCAACAGAUCUGCUGAAAGAAAUAUAAGGAGUCAGGACCUGGAGAACAUUGUCAAAGUGGCCACUUCGCUUCAGAAAACUAACAAGGGUGAAGAAUUGGAUAAUCUCAUCAAAAUGAAUAAAAGUUUGAAUAGAAAUCAAGGUCUCGAUGGUCUCUUCAGAGCAAAUCUUAAGUCAGAAUUAACGGAGAAACGAGCCAAAAGCCUUGAAAAUCUCAUCUUUGUGAAUACCCGGACAGAUAAAGAUGGCAAAGGAAACCAAGGCCUUGGAAGUCUUAUUAAAGUUAAUCAAAGGGCUGACAAAAUCGAGAAAGGAAGCCAAGAUCUCAAAAAGGUUAUUAAAGCAAAUGCCACGACAGAUCAGACAAGCAGAGGAAGUGAAGCCCUUGAUAGCAUUAUCAAAGUGAAUCCCGAAGAAAGUGCAAACACCACUGGGAAGCAAGACCUCAAUGGGCUUAUUAAAGUAAAUCCUGAAACAAAUAAAAAUAUUAAGAGGGGCCAGAGUCUUGAUAAUCUCAUCCAAGUGACCCCUGAAGUUAACAGAAGUAACCCAAGUUCCAAAGACCUGGAUAACCUCAUCAAAGUGAACCCAAGAACUGGGAAAAGUGCGCAAGGGGACCAAAGUCUUGACAAUGUCAUCAAAGUGACUCCGGAAACAAACAAAACUAACCAAGGGAGCCAAGACCUAGACAAUCUUAUCAAAGUGACUUCCUCAGCAAAGAAAAGCAGUGAACAAGGUCUUGAUAAACUUAUUAAUGUAAGCCCCAAAGCUGUCAAAAACACCGCUAGAAAUCAAGAUCUUGAUAAGCUCAUCAAAGUGAAUCCUGAAAUUCUCCUCAACAAUCAAAGAAACCAGGAUCUUGAUAACCUCAUCAAAGUGAAUCCUGCAGUGAUCAGAAGCAAUCAAAGCCAAGCUUUAGACAAUCUCAUUCAAGUGAAACCUUCAGCACUCAGAAAUACUAAGCGAGACCAGAACCUCGAAAAUUUAAUUGACAUAAAUUCCAAUGUGUCUAAGAAUAAGAAUGAAAGGCAAGAUGGCCAGGUCACUGGAUCCACUGAGGCUUUAAUCAGCCCAUCCUCUAGAACAGCUGCCUAUUCUCGUGAAGCCAGGAAGACACUCAGCUCCAAUGCUGAAACCAGGCAUGCAGGACCAAAGGAUACAGUUGUGUACACAAGGACAUACAUGGAGAAUAGCAAAUCACCCAAGGAUGGAUAUCAGGAGACUGUCUCUGGAAAAUACAUACAAACUGUUUAUUCAACUUCAGAUAGGUCUGUCAUUGAGAGAGACAUGUGCACUUACUGUAGAAAACCCCUGGGCACGGAAACCAAGAUGAUUUUAGAUGAAUUACAAAUUUGCUGCCAUUCGACUUGCUUCAAGUGUGAAAUAUGCAAACAACCUUUGGAAAACCUACAAGCAGGUGACAGUAUUUGGAUUUACAGACAGACAAUACAUUGUGAAUCUUGCUACUCUAAAGUUGUAGCCAAGUGGAUUCAGUAA